AUGCAGUUUCCCGUAUCUCAAUCAUUUCGAGCAGAAAGUGAUUUUCAACCAGUGAGAACACUCAGUGUCAUAUCAGAAUCUAUCAAUAUUGCAACAAAUUUUUCUUGUUCCUCGUUUCUUACUUUGUGUGCUCUCUCAAGUGUUGUUGGAAUACCAAUUGAAUCAUAUUAUCCUAUAGAAAAGGAUAGAAAAGAAAUAGAAAAAACUGUUUAUGAAAUAUUUUUCAAUUGCACUGUUAGACCACGUGUUGAACAUUCUUUAAGCACAUCUGUAAAAAAAAUACACAUUCUUCGUUGCUCUUCAUUUAUUGCAGGUUUUAAACAGACCUCUAAUAUAUUUAUAAACAAAGAUCACUUUGUUCCUUUAAUAUCUUUAAAAUGUAUUCCUAAAAAAUACCAAGCUCCUAAUAUAUUUGCACCUAAAGUAGUAAAAUUACCUGAAAUUAAUCAACUUACUUCUUCGAAAUCUAGUAUCCUGUUUCCUGAUUCUACUCAGGAAACAGAUAUUUUAGAUUCAGUUAAAAUUCUUUCAACUUUUAAAAAAAGAAAACAACUCACAAUUGAUCAAUUUGCUAUUAAGUCACCUUUUCCUACAGGCAAAAAAAUUUGUGUUGUAUCUUCGCCAAUCAAAUUAAAAAGUUCUACCACAUUAUCGAUUGCAGAAUGUUCUUCAAAAUAUAUACAUUCACCGAUUAAGGCAAAUUUAAACUCUAAAAGUAGUUCUGCUUUUGGAAAUAAAUGUGAACUAUCUUUUGUAAACAAAUACGAUAUCGGGCUCUAUGAAACUUAUGGAAUUAAUAAACUAGGCAACGAAGAUAAAUCUGAAGAAUCAAGUCAUAAUGCAAGUAAACUUGUUCAGCUUUAUAAAUCUCCAUUUGUGGCAUAUUCAAAGGCCAUUAAUAAGUUUAAUAAACAUGCUGAAAGUUUACCAAUUCACCAAACUGCAACUCUAAAGGCAACUCAUUUUUGCCAAUGUAUGGAGCAAAAAAUAAAUUUUAUUGACUUAAAUCUCAACAAAGUAAUUGAUGAACAAGUCAAGAAAAAUAGAGAAAUAUUAAAACCAAUAGUUCUGGCAGUUAUUAUGUGUGGAAAACAAAACAUACCUCUCCGAGGUCACAGAGAUGAUUCAUUUUACUAUGAGAAUGAAAAUAAAAACAGUUUGGUGAAUGGGCGAAUUUCUACUCCAAAAAAUGCUACAUAUCGCUCUAAAACUACUCAAAAUGAGUUGAUUAAUAUUUGUAAUGACAUAAUAAUUUCUAAAUUGAAAUGUGAAGUUAAAAAGGCUAAAUUUUUUUCAAUAUUAGCAGAUGAAGCAUCUGAUGUGAGCAAUAUGGAACAAAUGCCACUUGUAUUACGCUUUGUAAAUAAUAAUUGUGAAAUUUUUGAACUAUUUUUUGGCUUUAUUCCUUGCGACUCAGGCUUGUCUGGAGAAGCUAUAGGCAGCCAAAUUUUGAAUAGUAUUAAAGAUUUGGGAUUAGAAAUGAAAUUUUGUGUUGGUCAAGGUUAUGACGGUGCUGGUAACAUGGCUGGGAACUGUUCUGGUGCUGCAGUAAGAAUAAAAACUAUUUAUCCAAAAGCAUUGUAUGUUCAUUGUGGAUCUCAUGUCCUCAAUCUUUGUGUUGCAAAUGCCUGUAACAUACAGAUAGUUAGCAAUAUGAUGUCAAAUGUUCGUGUUAUAUCUCAGUUCUUUAAUUUUAGUCCAAAGCGUUUUGAUGUUCUGAAAAAAAAAAAUUGA